CGUCAACGUCACUGUGACGGAGGCACUGCUCUCCGGAUAGGCAGACCUGGAGAAGAGCACUGGCCAACCAGAAGCUUUUAGGCUGCUGGUGGAAGUCAGACCAAAUACCAGGACGGCAGUGCAGCAAGAUGGAUUUGGGAAAGGGCGGAUGUCAUUCGAAGCCCCAUGAGACACCUGACACUCACCGAGGAGAGACCAAGUCUCCAGAAGUCACUGGAACCUGGAUUUUGCGAAACAGAGAACAACUCCGGAAAAGAAAAGUGGAAGCACAGGAGAAGCAGACUUUGCAAUGGCUGCUGGGAGAACAGAAAAAACGCAAGUGGCAGAGUACAGGGAAAAGAAAUCAAAGAGGCAGAAAGAGACAACAAAAUACUAAACAGAAAGGGGAGCCUCAGGUAGAAGCAAUGGAGAAAGCACUGGUACCCAAAGAGAAAGAACCGGAGCUUCCUGGAGGCGUGACGGCCUCUCCCCAAGCGGCCUCCCCACAGCAAGUUAUGCCUGAGGAGGGUUUUCCUGAAAUAUGCCAAGAAAGCACAAUGGCCCAGGAAAACCCUUCCAAGUACCAAGAAGUAGUGGUACAAAGCCAGCCUUCUGACACCUGCCACGAUACAGCCGCCCCUGAAGACGCUUCUCCCCAAAUGUGCCCAGAAACAGCUGGACUUCAGCACCACCCUUUCGCAGUGCACCAAGAUGUGGCCGAGCCUGAAGACUCUCCUAAUGUGUGCCCAGAAAGAGCUGUACUUCAAGUCCACCCUUUCACAGAGCACCAAGAUGUGGCCGAGCCUGAAGACUCUCCUAACGUGUGCCCAGAAAGAGCUGUACUUCAAGUCCACCCUUUCACAGUGCACCAAGAUGUGGCCGGGCCUGAAGAUCUGUCUCCUGGAACGUGCCAAGAGGCAGUCACACCCCAGACUCUUCCUCCUGCACCAUCCGAAGGCAGAGCCGGCCUGGAAGGGUGCGCUCCUGAAGCACCCCCCACACCAGAUGUGCCCCAGGGCUCUGCCCCUGACACGCACCCCCAAACAGCUGGAGAGCAGUUUGAUUCUGAACCAGAUCAAGGGAUCCCCGACACGGAAGGCUUCUUCCCUACAGCACAGGAGGUAGCUGUGCCCAAAGACCUUUCUACAAAAACACACCAAGGAACAGUGGAACCUGAAUAUUUUUCUCAUAAAACCUGUAAAGAAAUUGCUGGGCCUAACACCCCCUUACAUGAAACAAUCCAAGAAGUACCUGCUUCUGCCAUAGAUCAAGAACCACCUGGCCUGGCAAAAUCUUCACCUGAAGCGUAUCAAGAACCACCGGAACCUGCAGAAUAUUCACCUGAACCAGAGCAGGAACCACCGGAACCUGCAGAAUAUUCACCUGAACCGGAGCAAGAACCACCAGAACCUGCAGAAUACUCACCCGCUAUAGACCAAGAAACACCUGGGCCUGAAGACCUGUCUACUAAGACCUACAGAAAUAAGGAUGUGCCUAAAGAAUGCUUUCUAGAACCAAACCAAGAAACAGGUGGGCCCGGCGCUCAGGCUCCUGGGGUAUACCAGGAAGAUGCUACGGAAGUUUACGCUUUUCCUCAAGAAACGAAAGAAAAAUCCAAAGAAGUAGCAGCAGAAAUAGCAGCAACGCCAAGCAUCUCUCAAGAGAUUCGUCCAGAAAAUGACAUCUAUAGCUAUGUUUUGUUUUAACAAUACUCAACGAUAAAGUUGCAGUCCAGUGGAACAGUCACCUGAAUAUUUUGUGUGAUUUUUCUCAAAAUAUUGUAGCCAUUUCUAUAUUUUAAUUUACCCCUUUUCCAUAUCUGACCAUAGCUUAAAGAGAUAACUAACUUUUUUUUUUAGCUCCUCCGCAUAGACAAUCUCUGGCUUUGUGCAUGUGUGUGUGUGUGUGUGUGUUUAUAUGUGUGUGUAUGAAUGGUGGGUGGGUAGAGGUAGGAAGAGACAACUAAGGGAAGGGAAAGGACUGAAUCAUUGUGUUUUUUUUCCCUCUGAGAACAAGCAUUUAUUUAAUUCUUAAGAGCAGGUAAGUGAGUAAGUCUGAAAACUUAAAAUUUGGGGAGUUUACCGUUUUCUUGUAUACUUUACUCAGUUAUUAAUGUAACAAUAACAUUAGGCUAUAGUUGGCUCUUUUAGUUAAGAAUUCUCAUUCUGGGGCUCCUGAAAAGAUAUUUUGGAGGGAUGAAAAAAUGGAGUUUACUUUUGUGUUUGAACUUUGAUUUCUUAUUUUUACCUUUUAAAUAUUGCAUAUGUGCAAAAUGUACAUUAAAUCAUUAUUACAUGUU